AUGGCUCUCCGAAUAUCUGCAAAGCGAGUAGCGGCUACUCUGAAAGCCAGCAACCUCACCUCAACUUCCAAUGGCAUAUUGAAAAGGAAUGCCUCGCAAGCAACCGCCGCGGCGACAAACCUCCCAGAGACUACUCGAAAUGAGAUCUACAGAGAAGCAAACCUCCCAAACCCGGAUCCAUCCUCAGAUUCCUCAACCGCCGCUCUCGUGAACGAACAAGCCCCGUACAUGGUCAAAACCUAUGUCCGGCCCCCACCAAUGUUCGUCAAAGGCGAAGGAGUUUAUCUCUGGGACGUUGAGAACAGGAAAUACCUCGACUUCACGGCCGGAAUAGCAGUCAAUGCGCUGGGACACUGCGAUCCAGAAAUUGCCCGCAUAAUGGCGCAGCAAGCCAAAACACUCAUUCAUACGUCCAACCUCUACCACAACCCCUGGACAGGCGCGCUCUCCGAACUUCUUGUCCAGAAAACCCUCGAGUCGGGUAGCAUGCACAAUGCCCGAUCCGUCUUCAUCGCAAACUCCGGUACAGAAGCAAAUGAAGCCGCCAUAAAAUUCGCUCGCAAAGCUGGCAAAGUCGUCGAUGCGUCCGGAGGAAAGUACGAAUUUGUAUCUUUCCAUAACUCCUUCCAUGGCCGGACAAUGGGCGCUUUGUCCGCGACACCGAACCCGAAAUACCAGAAGCCUUUCUCGCCGAUGAUACCGGGGUUUAGGUACGGGACCUAUAAUGAUGUUGCGGCUAUUAAGGAUUUGGUGACGGAGAAUACUUGCGGAGUCAUAGUUGAGCCAAUCCAAGGAGAAGGGGGCGUGAUUGUUGCGUCUGAAGAAUUUCUCGUUGCUUUGGCCACUCGGUGCAAAGAAGUCGGCGCUGUAUUGAUCUACGAUGAAAUCCAAUGCGGGCUUUCUCGCACAGGAACCUUCUGGGCUCACGCUUCGCUGCCCAAAGAGGCACACCCGGAUAUAAUCACCACGGCCAAGGCGCUCGGCAACGGCUUCCCGAUUGGAGCUACGAUUGUGAAUGAUGCCGUGAGCGAGAAGAUCGUAGUUGGGGACCAUGGGACGACAUUUGGUGGCAAUCCUAUGGGGUGUAGGUUGGCGCAUUAUAUCGUGUCGCGACUUUCGGAUCCGGAGCUCCAGAAGUCGGUUCUUGCCAAGAGCAAUGUCUUCAUUAAGCACUUCGAGGCUUUGCGAGCAAAGUAUCCUGAGCUCAUCGCGGAGGUUAGGGGUAAGGGUCUGAUUCUAGGACUGCAGCUUACUCGGGAUCCUGCUCCCAUUGUGACGGCCGCUAGGGAGAGAGGACUAUUGAUCAUUACGGCUGGGACGAAUACGUUGCGGUUCGUGCCCAGUUUGACGAUUACAGAGGGAGAGAUUGAGGAGGGCAUUCAGGUGCUUGAUGAGGCAAUAAGGGUGGUUGUGUCGCCUGGGGAGGCGCCAGCUGGGAAACAGGUCAGCGGGGAAGUAGAUUCGCCAAACUAA